GGCGGCUAAAGGUCAGGGCAUAACAUUAGUAAAGUAUAGAGGUCUCUUGCUCUUCGUGAGGGAAGUUCUAGUACUAUCAAGGCUCUUAUCAAAUUUGAUCACAUCAUUCCUCACCAAGUAUGUCCAAAUUCAUCAACUCGUUCAAACACGUCCCCCUUCUUCUAUUCCGCCUCAACUCCGGAAAAAGCAUCAAGCUUCGCGAGUAUUCGGCCAGGAGAAGCCGGAGUUUCGACGUUCUCUCCGAGGCUGGAACGGUCAAGGCAAAGGCUUUGACCCCAUCAACGUAUGAAGCGCCCAAUGGUGCCUCUAUGCGGCCCCUCGGCGAGUUUCAAACUGCAUUGGUCGAAAACUUUAAAGGUUCCAAUGUGACAGUCUAUGCUGUCCCGGAAGGAACCCAAUUACCCGACGACUUGAUUCUCGUGCACGAGCAUACAGAUCAUUAUUCACUUCAACCUGCUGUGGAUAUGCCGCUAUCUGAGUUGAACGAGAAAAUCACGGCGUUCUUGAGGACGCAUGGAACAACUUACUCCCGGGACGAAUGGCUUGCAACUUUUCAGCAAGAUGAACCUGCUUAUCCUGAGUGGGUUUGGAGCGAAGAAUACCAAAUGCACUAUUAUUACGACGAUAAGGGAAACUGCGUUUGGGAGACGGAGGUUCAUCAACAACAAACCGGAAAGUCCUCCAAGGGCAAGACAAAGAAACGCUAGAGUGUGCCCUUCUCGUGUCAGGCUGCUGACGUUGCGGUAGCUCUGAUUGGUGGUGGACGCGACAUGAGCGCCGGGUACAUCUCGAUUUGGAUUGGCUGUGAAAUUUAGCGCUGUUAGCGG